AUGGCUUCAAAGCAGCAGAAACAGUUCCUGGAUAAUGAAGCCAUGAUCGAGCAGCCAACACCGAAGGACCGUGAGGGUGCAUGGCCCUCACUGCUGACAAUCAUCGGCUUUGCAUUCCUAACCUUCAACUCAUUCAUGGCCGUGUACAGGUCAAAUGGAGAUGUUGGAGCUAUCUCCUUUGUGGCCUUCUCUUACUCGGUCCUCGUUCUGCUGUUCUACUGCCUGCGUCGGUUCGAGACAACCCCACCGGAGUCUCCCAGCCGGGACCGCAUAAAAAUGGUGGUGUGGUUACUCACCACGUUGCUCACUGCUGCGUUCUCAUACAAGGUGGCAGCAAUUAUGCCACUCCCUGUGCAGGUGCUUGUGUGGGCAAUGGCAGGAGCAACUGUGCUCGGUGGUUUUUAUGCUUUCUUCAUCCACCAGGAGAAAGCCGCCCAGCUGGACCCCCCAAAACCAUAA